UACCUGGCCGAAUGUCUCUGCUCGUAAUUCUAUUUCUGGUUAUCAUCAAUGUUUUCAACAAUGUCAGGUCUAACUUGAAUCAAUCUGUAUCAAGUAGUUGGUUAGCUGACAGAUCAGAGAGCUCUUCAUCAUCAACUGCAAGCAGGUCGAAUGCUCCCUCUGCAGCUAGUAGCAGACUCAAUGCAAUAGACAAGUUCAUCAUCACUUGUAUCUUCAGUAUAUUUAGUACCAUCAUAGAGUAUGCUAUCAUACUCUCUAUACUUUGUCUCAGACCAGAAAAGAAGCCUGGUGAAACAUUGUACACUUUUGAAAAUGGAGAUAAUGGUCAAUUCAAGCCUUCAAUAAAGGCCCGAUUGUCCUGGGUUUUGGAAAAUCCUCGAAUAUUUGAUGCUUUCAGUAUCAUCAUUUUCCCAACCUUCUUCUUCUUCUUCAAUAUUCAUUACUGGUUCAUUGCUGACUACCAGACCACACAGAAGCUUCAUUAACUGCUCUGCAUCAGAAACUGAAAAAAACUUUAAAGUGAAAAUUGAUAUGGUUGAAAGAAUAUCAAGCAAAAUUUCAUUCUAAAAAAAUUCAAAUUUUUAUGUUGUAAAGUACCUCUGAAAAUGUGGAGUUAUAACAAAAUUGUUUUUUCUAAAUCAACUUUGAUUUGGGUGUUAGAACUCUAAAUUUAGAAAUGAAACCUCCAAAUACAGUAACAAAUUUGUAUCCAGAGGUUAGAACUCAAUAUUUAUUGCAAAUAUUUUACUUUAAAGCGAUUAAGUACCUUAUCCGUGCGUAAAAUAUAACUGACCAUU